UGUACGUAAGCGCCAUCUCUCAGUAUUUCGCUACAAAUGUCUUGAAAACACAUGGUUUUCAAGGGAAAAAAGACAUUUCGUAGCGCACAGAAAUUUAAAUCUGGAAAUAAAGCACUUCCUGGGAGUUUAGAGCGUCUUCAAUAUCUGCAAGAGCUGUUGACUGAGUACCAAGAAACUUCGAUCAGUGAAUACAAGGAACAGAUUUUAGCCAAUCUAGCGAACUUUUGUUACGAUUCACGAAACGGACCGCAUCUCCGGCAAUUGCAUCUAGUAGACCUCUUUCUGGAUUGUAUCAAACAACCAUCAACAGUGUGGUUUAAAGCUGCUUCUCAGCCCAAUUCAGAUUUAAAGAUUGAUGAACAUACAACUCGUUUAAGUGAAUUUGCCCUUGGUGGUCUGUGUAAUCUCGCAGCUUCAUCACCACUGCUACGUCAAGAUAUUUUAAAUCAUACAUAUCUGCCGUGUAUUGUUGCUUGUACAACUUCUCCAGAUAAUUUAAUUGUUGUGUAUUCUUUAACUAUCCUGAUACACUUAUUUACGCGUUGUCCAAAUUCUCCUGAAGAAUCAAUAUCAUUGGGUUCUAGAUUCCCCGCUGCAGUUCAAAUAGCACGUCAUUAUUGCGAAUCAUCUGGUCCACACGCCGAGAUUGAUCCUCGAAUAAGAACUUUAGCACAAAUACUGCUAGAAGAUUGUUGUACUACCACUACUACUACGACUACUUCUCACUGA